UUCUUUAAAUCAUUGAAUUUUUCAUGAGCUCACGAGAGAGUUCGUAAGAACGUCAUUAUCAUCCCUUCACCGAAUCUAUUCCUACUCUCUCACCCACCGUUUUAUUCUCUCACAUCUGCAUUGCAUUUUCGAAUUCACAAACUCUCUGCACUGUAUGAGACUGUGAGAGUGUGAGAGAGAUGGAGAGACAAAGAAGCUUCUCCAUCAAGUCCACAAGCGUCUUCUUAGCAUUGAUUACCACAACAAUCUCUUCCGCCAUUGUUUUCUUCACUUUCUUCUCCCCUUCCUUGCUCAAAUCCAACUCUUCUUCAAACGCAAACUUCCAGAUCGAUUUGAGCCCUGUGCCAGCCAUUAACGAGACUACCACCACCACCACCACCAACCUCAGCAUCUCCGAUUCUUCAGUUUCUACUCAACCAAACCCGAUUCUGAUCUCGACCCAUUUCUCCCCGCCCGAAAACACUUCCGGGUCCGCGAAAAUUCCGGAUUUUGAGCACAAGACUCGCGGCGAGGUUCUGGUUAAGGAAGAUAAGGUAGUAACUGCUAACUUAACUUCAACAGUCAAAGCCGUCAAAGUGAUUGAACUUCCGAGGAACAACGGCGAAUCGGAGGAGAAGAAGAAGAAGAAGAAAAAGAAGAGAAUCGAAGAGUGCGAUGUUACGAACGGGAAGUGGGUUUACGACAGCAGCGACUACCCAUUGUACACGAACGCGUCUUGUCCGUUCAUCGAUGAAGGGUUCGCUUGUCAGAGCAACGGAAGGUUGGAUCUUGAGUACAUGAAGUGGAGAUGGGAGCCUCGUGAUUGUGAUGCUCCAAGGUUCAAUGCUACAAAGAUGCUGGAAAUGAUAAGAGGGAAAAGGCUAGUGUUCGUUGGAGAUUCUAUCAAUAGAAACCAGUGGGAGUCUAUGCUUUGUAUGUUGUUUCAAGCUGUUAAAGAUCCCAAGAGAGUCUACGAAACGCGUAACCGAAGAAUCACCAAAGAGAAAGGGAACUAUAGCUUUCGUUUUGAGGAUUACAAAUGCACCGUGGAAUUCUAUGUUACUCAUUUCUUGGUCCGUGAGGGUAAAGCUAGAAUUGGAAAGAAGCGAAGAGAAACGCUUAGGAUUGAUGCUAUGGAUCGAACCUCGUCGAGAUGGAAAGGUGCUAAUAUCUUAGUGUUCAAUACAGCACAUUGGUGGUCUCAUUACAAAACCAAAUCCGGGAUCAACUAUUACCAAGAAGGAGACUUGGUUCAUCCAAAGCUCGAUGUAUCAAGCGCUUUCAAGAAAGCUUUGCAGACUUGGUCAUCAUGGGUUGACAGAAAUGUCGAUCCAAAGAGAACUCGGGUUUUCUUUAGAAGCGCAGCACCUUCCCACUUUAGUGGGGGAGAAUGGAACUCAGGAGGUCACUGCAGAGAAGCCAACAAGCUGUUGAACCAAACUUUCAAACCGAGUUACUCUGGCAAAAACAUCAUUGUUGAGGAAGUUCUCAAGCAGAUGAAAACACCCGUCACUCUCUUGAACGUUAGCGGUUUAUCUCAGUACAGAAUUGACGCUCACCCUUCUAUCUUUGGAGCAAAACCAGAAAACAGACGGUCACAAGCUGUCGAAGAUUGCAGUCAUUGGUGCCUACCUGGUGUGCCUGAUACUUGGAAUCACUUUCUUUACCUCCAUUUGCUCCAUAAACGAUAAAUACCAGAGUUACAAACUAACAGAUCAAACAUUACUUCUUCA